UGUGCAUUUCUUAGCCGGGGACUAAUUUUCAGUCCUCCACUUGGGUCUGGGUAAACAGCACCGCCCCGAUGGUUGUUUGUUUUAAGUGUGGAGCGAUCCAUCGCAGAGCGCCGGGCUCGAUUGACACUGUCUGCUGAUCUGCUACUGCGGAUUGCUCAGAAUAACAAGGCUGCUCGCUAAUUCCCGUCUAUCGGGGCUUUCGCCGAAACACCGAGAGAGUAGGGUCCAAAAAAGAGCCAACAAGGCAGGCAAGAACGCCGCGCCGCUGUUGUCCGCACCCCAGAAUGGCUUCGGGAGACCUUUACGAGGUGGAGCGGAUCGUGGACAAGAGGCGAAACAAGAAGGGUAAGUGGGAGUACCUGAUUAGGUGGAAAGGCUAUGGAAGUAAGGAGGACACCUGGGAGCCGGAACAUCACCUACUGCACUGUGAGGAAUUCAUCGACCAGUUCAACAGUUUGAGACUGCACUCACACAAACGACCCAAAGUCCCAAAAAGUCGUGGGGAGCCCCUCAUCGCCGGACACCCGUCUGCAACAGAAAGCUCCAGAGCUCGGUCCGAGGCCCGAAAGAAGAAAAGGACUUGUGGUCCAGCUGUGGGGGUUAGAGUAGGAGGUGUUCUUGGGCUUGGUGGGGGAUCAGGACCGACUCAGAGACAGAGGAAAGUGGGUGUAGGACCAGGGAAACAUGCUUUAGGUGACAGAAUGAGCAAAGCCAUGACAUACAAAGCUCCACCACCAGGUGGGCCUCACUUUGUUCCUCCAUUGAGGGUUCCUCAUAAUGGACUCCAGAAUGGAGAGAUGGAGCCUCUUGUCUACAGGACAGCAGCGAGGUCACACAGACUGCCCUCAGACAGAGGAGAUGGAGAAGUGGGACACGUGGAUACCACUGGACCACAGUUCACCACUGAGCUAGGCUCCCCUCUAGCCAAUGGAAAGAUGCAUCUGCACAGCUCAGUAAAGCGGAAGCUGGCCGAGGACAAAGGCUACGUGUUUGACAAGCGGCUCAGGUACAAUGUGCGACAGAACGAGAGCAACUGUCGAUUCCGAGACAUUGUGGUCAGGAAGGAGGAGGGCUUCACGCAUGUCCUGCUGUCCAGCCAGACGACAGACAACAACGCUCUGACACCAGAGAUCAUGAAGGAAGUUUGUCGAGCUUUGGGUAACGCAGCUGCCGAUGACAGUAAAUUAUUACUGCUCAGCUCCGUGGGGACAGUUUUCUGCAGUGGCCUGGAGCCGUCCUACCUGAUAGGGCGUCUGUCCACCGACCGCAGGAAAGAGAGCAGCCGUAUCGCAGACGCUGUACGGGACUUUGUAUUGGCAUUCAUCCACUUCAAGAAACCUAUUGUGGUGGCAAUAAACGGGCCUGCCCUGGGCUUGGGAGCUUCCAUCCUGCCGCUGUGUGAUGUGGUGUGGGCCAGUGAGAGAGCCUGGUUCCAAACUCCUUGUGCCGCCCUCCACCUCACCCCCUCUGGAUGCUCCUCUUACACCUUUCCCCAGAUACUUGGCGUAGCGCUAGCCAAUGAGAUGCUGUUCUGUGGAAGGAAACUCACAGCACAAGAGGCCUGUAGUCGAGGCCUUGUGUCACAGGUCUUCUGGCCAACCACAUUCAACCAAGAAGUGAUGCUGCGUGUGAAGGAAAUGGCAUCAUGUAACGCUGUGGUUUUAGAAGAGUCCAAAUGCCUGGUGAGGAGUAUCCUCAUGUCCAUCCUGGAGGAAGUGAAUGAGAAAGAGUGUCAGAUGCUGAAGCAGCUGUGGUGUUCAACCAAAGGACUGGAGGCACUGUUCAGCUACCUGCACAACAAGACGUAUGAAAAGUAACCAUCCACACCCAAGUUAAAGACGGUCAGUGUGGGUCUGAGGGUUCCUACUGAGGGGCAACCAGGGUGACAAUGCUGUGAUCUCAUACUGCGUUUAAGGCCUUUGUUUCCAUCCAUCAGCAGAGGGGAUUCUCUGGAGUUCUGCUUGCAUACAUCUCUAACAACAAAAUAAAUUCCUUCACGAUCAUGUUUUGUAAAGCAGCUUUUUUUUUUUAAUUGGACCUUCAACUGUCCAGAUGUUUAUUCUCCGCAUUUAAGGAGUCAAAGAGCACAGGGCCAAAUGUGCGUUGCUUAAAAGCAGGGAGGGUACAGAGUGUUUCUGUACUUUAGACUUAAUCAUCAGGAUGUAUGAAAUCGAUGUAUGUCUGAGUGCACAUGAUAAAACGAUAAUAUAUACGAAUAUAUAUUUAUUUCAAGUGUGUAGAAGCGUUGCUUUCUGUACAUACAGUGCUAUUUUCAGGAUUUUCGUUCAGUUUGCUUAUUCUUGAGUCAAAGUGUCAACCAAAGUUUGCAUGAGGACAGUGUUGCUUGCUCUUUAACUUGCACAUUCCCUCCUCUUUCUGUAUGGAUUAAAGAAAAACCUUCCAGAAAUGCUCAGAUACGUUAGUGGAUCGGAUUUAGCGACUGCUCAAAACAUUACAAUUAAAGAUCAGGAAACACUGAAACAUAAGUACAUAUUUGUUCAUCACACAAUUCAUUGUUCAUACUGUCAAAGUCUUUGUUUUCCAGUUUGUUGUUAUUGUCAAAAUCACUAAAAAUUUGCUCCUGGUUAAUGAUAUCAGAAUGAAGUGAUUUUGCUUCUGUACAAGCAAAAUCAUCCUCAUACUGUCUUUAGUUGAACUAACAAACAGACAAGGGUACAGUUUGCCAUUUAUUUAUACAAAUAAAGUCUCAUUGAGUUCAGGAUUUCUUUUCCAGGGAGACUUGUUUGGAUAAAAACGCCCCUCAGAAGUUUUGCAAAUCAGAAAAACAAGUGAAAAAGAACAACUCUUAAUGUCUCGUGUGAAUACUAGCACUAAAUGUACAUGACUAAAUGAAAUGAUGGCACAUAUUCCAGGGUGGAUUAGUGAGUAAUUUUAGCCUUACAUGCAGUACUGUGGUGGGUCGUAUGUACAACAUGGCUUCCAGUUAUCAAUACACAUAGUAAUGGUGUGAAAUGUGUAAUUGUUUUUUGUUUAUUUUUUGGGAAUAAGAUAUUCACAUGAUCGUGUUGUUAUUGCCUGACAGCUAUUUCUUAGUUGUGUAUUUUUUAGGGCACACAAAAGAGAUGCUAAUAGCCCGGUCCUCAAGUGUCUUCAACUGUUGUAGAAAUGGAACAUCUUUGUAGGUGGAGUCAGAUUCGUCCUUAUCUGCAUGUUAUGAUUCAAGAUUUCAAGAAAUUUUAUAUUGCAAUGUGUAUUAUAAUUAGGGAUCUAUUUUGUUUUACCAAAAUGUAAAUGUAUGUAGGUCUGUGUAAAUUGUUUUGUAAAACUUGUCCAUUUUGCAGCUCAGAAUAAUAUAUGUAUAAAUAUAUAUAAUGUAGACUGUUUUCUGUAACUAAUUGCAUGUAAUAUACUGUAUAAAUGUGUUGCCUGUCUGAAUACCUUGUAUUUUGGGGUAUGUUUUGUACCAGCAUUGUAAGUAUUGUUAGAAAUGUUGCCGUUUAUUUUUCUAUUUAUUUGAGAUAACUGUUUGGUUGUGCAGUGCCAUGCGGUUUCUUGGCUCCAGAGCCACCCUGAAUCUCUUUACCACCUCUUAUAUACAUUACCCCCAAAAACUUCAAUGAGCAAAAUGAGUCAGGAAAGUAGAUCAUUUACAUAUUUAAUUUCAAAACCAAAAUGUACACACUGUCAUCGCUAGUUUACUUUUUGAAUUUCCCCUAUCAUAGUCGUGUUUUGUUGUAAAUUAUUGAAGGCAUGUCAGAUAAUUUAAUAUAUAUUGUGUUUUACUAAGGUUUAUAAGUAUGAACUGAUUGAUAAAAUGACAUUUUGUUGUAUUUGAAAUUGUAGACUUUAACCAUAUUUUACUUUGUUAAUGCACCAUGAGGUUGUUCAGUGAUUUCUUUUGUCAUCAAAUUAAUUUGUGGUCAUUGAUUGCUGGGGAUAAAUGACGGUUUUAAUGAAGCUAAAUAUAACAAAAAAUGACAGAUUUCACUAAACCUCAUGACAAAAUAAACCUUUGAAAUUUCCCUGAAUUUAUAUUUCAGCUCAAAAAAUCUAUUGUCAUCAAGUUAUGUCAACCAAAACGUUAUUAGGCUUACAUCAUCAGUCAGCUUAGUAUUAUCAUUAUUUUUUAGUGAAAGGGAUCCUCAUAUUCGCUCUACUAUUUUCCCCACUUAACAGUUAACUUCCUCAGUUCCUGCUUUGCUGUAACAUCCAAGAUAAAUAGAGAAGGACUUGUGUGAUGCAGCUACUGUGAAUGAAAAUCACUCAUUUCCACUGAGAGUUAGUCACACUGAUAUUUGAAGACAGGGGUUUUCGUGUAUUUAUUCACCUAUUUAUUUUUGUUUCUAAGGUAUUCUUUUCAGCGUGUCACCUGAGAUCGAUGUUGUUUUGAACAGUCGGUUUCUCUUUUAGACUCCAGAUCCGAAUUCCCACCUCAGCAUGUUUUUGAAGUGUGCUUGAUGAUAAAUUUCAAGUAAAUCAGGUAUGACUUGAACUUGUUUUUUGCUCCAUUAUUUAUUACAAAUUACAGGACUUUAGGUUUUGGUGUCUUUGUUAUUUUUAACCACCAUGUCUUGUAUGUGUGUAUUUCAUCAUUCAUGUGUUUUUUUUCUCCCUGCGUUGUCUGAAAGCACACCUUGGGGUGCCUUACAAUUUAAAUAUCUGUACAAGGUCAAUCCAUACGUCGUGAUGGGUAGAGUGAGCUGCUUCAAAUAAAGAAAGAGUACUUUGAAAA